CAAGGAGCUUUGCCGCAUCAGCCUUUGCAAUGCUCAACGUGUUGCCCCAAUCCCAUCGUCUGCAACGAUGCUCUGAAGCAGAGGAAGACCAGCACGGUGCUGGUGUUUCUAAUGCACGUUUGUUCUUGCGUGGGGUGAGAGUCCAUGGCGCAGUGCGGGCGUCGCUCAUCCCCUGAAACAUUAAUAAUUUAAAGUUCACUGCUUAAAGAAUUUAUAAAACAGAGGGGUAGUAGCGAUUCCUUAAAACGGUGGGUUUGAAAUGGCUGGUCUUGUUGCAAAGUGUCACACUAGGAGUUGCUUUGGGGCUUGUCAUCCUUUCCAGGGUGGUUGUGCCCGGAUACCAUGCGAGCUUGGCUGGGGAACAGCGAGCACAGGAUGACUCCGGUGGGGACUGUCCCCCUGCCCAGCGAGUGUCCUGCUAGGGCUGUGUGUCCUGGGGUUUGGCAUUCCUGCAUCCCCGACACGGUGGGUUACUUUGGUUUUGCAUUGUGAGAAACUGGGAAAACCCAUUCUGAGAUUCUCUCUCUCUUUUUUCUUUUUUUCUUUUCUGUCAUUCCAUCCGGUUUGAUUUUGUGGUGCCAACUUCCCCCAACUGCUGAGCACAUGAUUGCUCUAAAGAAUCAUGGUGCCAAAGAAGCGGAGAGGGACGAAGACUGUGACAAUGGACCAGCUCUGGACUCGGCAGCAGUACCAGAGGGUGAGCUGCUUCUGCAGGCACUCAAUGGCUUUGUGCUGGUGGUGACAUCGGAAGGACUGAUAUUUUACUCCUCGCAUACAAUUCAGGACUAUCUUGGAUUUCACCAGACAGAUGUCAUGCACCAGAGUGUCUUUGAGCUGAUCCACACUGAGGACCAGCAGGAAUUCAGACGCAACCUCCACUGGGCCCUCAACCCACCCCACGCUCCAGAGGGGGAGCCUUCUCCAGAAGUGGGGAAGAGUCUCAGCUCUUCUGCUGUCGCCUACAAGCCGGAUCAGCUGCCCCCAGAAAACUCCUCCUUUCUGGAAAGGAGCUUUGUGUGCCGUUUUCGCUGCCUCCUGGAUAAUUCCUCCGGCUUCCUGGCUUUAAACCUUCAAGGCAGGCUUAAAUUCCUUCAUGGGCAGAACAAAAGGUCUGAAGAUGGGUCUGCACUGCCACCCCAGCUGGCUCUCUUCGCUAUCUCCACCCCCUUGCAGCCCCCGUCCAUCCUGCAGCUCCGAACCAAGAACAUGAUCUUCAGGACGAAGCACAAGCUGGACUUCACCCCCUUGGCGUGCGAUGCCAAGGGGAAGAUCGUUUUGGGCUACACCGAGGCAGAGCUGCGGAUGUGUGGCACUGGCUACCAGUUCGUCCACGCUGCCGACAUGCUGUACUGUGCCGAGAACCACGUCAGGAUGAUGAAGACGGGUGAGAGCGGCCUGACGGUCUUCCGCUUGCUGACGAAGGAGAAUCGCUGGAAGUGGGUGCAGGCCAAUGCGCGGCUCGUCUACAAGAACGGCAAGCCCGAGUACAUCAUUGUCACACAGAGACCCCUUGUAGAUGAAGAAGGAGGAGAGCACCUUCGGAAACGGUCCAUGCAUCUUCCCUUUACCUUUGCUACAGGAGAGGCGCUCUUAUACCAAAGCGCUUACCCUCUCCCGGGCUUCCCUGACCCUUUCCAGAGCAAAGGGAAAACCAGCAAGUCCAAGAAGAUCUCCCACAGCCAUGGAGUGCGAUCCCAGAAGAAUGGUAUUGACCCAAGUUCUCUGCUGGGUGCCGUGAUGCGACAGGACAAGGCGGUGUAUGCCUCCCAUCCAGCUCCUGCACCUAACCACUCCAUCAGCAGCAGUUUUGUGGACCAACUCAAAGAUGUGUCCUUGCUGGAUGCAGGAAGAGAUGCCUGGAGUAUGGGCGCUGCUCCUGUUUCUUCAAGGGGGGACCAGCUCAAAGAGGAGCUGGUGGAUUUGCAGCAGGAGGAUCCUCUCUUGGCCACCCUGGACUCACUCUCAAUUAAGAGUGAUGAGAGCUGUUCCAACAAUGAGCUCUUCAGUGCGCUGGAGGGCCUGGGGUUGAACGCUGAGGACCUGGAGCUCCUGCUGCUGGAUGAGAAAAUGGUGAUGGUCAAUAUGGACCCUGACCACAACCAGUUCCUGAAUAACUGCCUCACCAGCAACAAGAUUCUCUCCUACAUCCACACCACUCUGGUGAACAAGCACGAGGGAGGACAACAGGUCUGUCCCCUGCCAGGUACAUCCCUGAGCCCAUGUGGAGACACCACUAUGUGCCAGGACCACACAGAUUAUGAGGACUCGCAGUACCUGCCCCAGCACGUGGUGCAGCCCAGCAUUGCCCCGGGCCAGCUCCCUGCUCCGCUGUGGGAACAGCCCCUCCAUGCUGUGCCGGGGCAGCCAACUCUGCUACUGCCGGAGCCAGCCAAGGAGGAAGAGCUGUCCGAUGGCUCGCAGUGGAGGCCAGCUGGGGAGGAGGGCCUGCUCCGCUUCGUCCAGCCAGCGCGGGGCACCCCAUGGGACAAGGCGCCUAGCUUACCCCCAGGAGCCCCCUGCCCACAGGUGCCACCCAGGGCUCGGCAGCUGGAGGGUGACUUCCCAGCCAUGCAUCCCACCCAGGAGGAUGCCCACCUGUCCUUCUCCCUGCCCAGCCAAUGCCAGGGCUGUGUGGGACCACCCAGCCAGCCGAAACACCGUCACUUGCUGGUGAAUGGGUUGUGUGGCCACAGCCCUGACUCUGCUCCACACGUCCUUCCCAGCAGCAGCUCCAGCCCAUGGCAGGACUAUGUUUCCCCACUCCUGGGGUCCCCAGCUCAGCCUGGUUUUUACAGCAUCAGCCAAGACUUGAUCUCCCAGCACCAGGGCUGCUUGGGUCCAGGGCCCGGCACACCAACGGUACACUUUAACCUGAAAGGAUUUUGCAGCUUGGAAACUGUGGGCAGUGGGGGGUCCCAGGAAGAGAUGGCUCCAUACCCCAGUUUUUUCAACCCCUCCUCAUACCAGCUUAUUCCUGAGAAGCAGCUGAGCCCUGUUCCCUCCAUGCCCCAGCACCCUUUUCCAAGCUUGGCUGCAGGGUGCUUUGGGAGCACUGGCAGCCCGCUGGAUACUCCCUAUGGGACGUACACCUCUGCACUGAGCCAGGAGAGCAGGCACAGGCCUGAAAGCAGCUGUGUUUUGCCCAGCUCUCCCAUGGGACUUUCUGGAGACCACCCGGUGCUGGGGGGGAGCCUGACUCCCCCCUGCCAGCUGCACCCCCGGGCAGAAGCACUGCCAGAACACCCUCAUGCCUCCAGCGGUGACUUCUGUCUCUAGGAGAGAAAGACUGGAAUGGACAAAGCAGGACUAUUCCCAGGGGAAGGAGCUUCCUUCAAGUUGCAGAUAACAAACCUUUCCCCUGCCACACAUGUCCUGCCAUUGCCCUUGAUGUUGGUUGCUUUGGCUCAGCUGGGUUUUUUUUUUUCUUUUUUUUUUUUUUUUUUUAUCAACUUCCCACAGUCCUGCCCCUGCCGAGGCUCCAUGUGCUGGUCCCAUGGCGGUGUCCCUGGCCUGGGUAGGGCAGUAGCAGGCAGGAGAGCUGGAGGGCAGAUUUCCCCAGGGCACAGGAAGAAGCUGGGCUGUGAUGUGGGUCAGCCGGCACGUGCAGCCUCGUCUUUAUCUCAUGGUGUUCAAGAGUUGUGUGGCUCUUGGUCAGCUGGAGGAUCUCAGAGCACAUUUGUCACUUGCUGUCUCUCAUCCUACCCACCCGACCUCCUUGCUCUUGUUUCCCUAGUGGGGUGAGCGUCUGCCCAUCCUGCCUGCACAUCUUACUGAGAGUCAAUUUUGAAAAGUUUGGGCCUUUUAUGGUUGCUGCUGUCUUUAAAUGGCAUUCGGAGACUAACUGCUGCUCUGGAAACAAAAAAAGGAUUGCUCUCUAUUACUAGCCAGGCUGCUGUGUUGAAGGUGUGAUGUUUGUGUGGCAAAUCCCACACUUUGCCAUGAAGCCAGGGAGCGAGUUCUCCAUCAUGCUAGUCUUUGCAGUUCUGCUGUUAACUGAGUGCAUUUUUUGGUAUGUUUUGCCAGGCUUCUGGAAACCCAGGCUGUUUCCAUGGCUGUCACUUGGCUCCCACGGUUCAGUAGUCCCUGACAAUGUCUGGGCAAGGCAGCCCUUGCCCCAAAGGACAAGCGGGUUUCUGAUGGAUAUCGUCCUCCAGCUUCACCAAAGCUUUGCAAUUACAUGCAUGAUCCAACACAGAUGCAAGACUCGUGUGUCCAAAAAAAAAGACAGGAAAAGUUUUCACCUCUGGUAUUAGAUUUCCUGCCAUCCCAGCCAGGCACCUGUGGCUGUGACCAUGUUGUAUGGGUAUUGCCUGUUUUAUAAAGAAAGUGAACCCUGACUUCUGUUCUUGUGUUGCACUGGUCCUUCCUCACCCCAGGUUUCCCUGUGUCCCGGGUGUUCCCAUUUGUUAGGAUACAGAUUAAAGCUCCUGUAAGGAACACCCUGGGUUUUGCUAUAUGUGAUGUGCCCAGGUUGGCUGAUAAGCAGUUUUUCUCCUGGGUGAUGGGGUCUGAAGUACCUGGAUGGGCAGCAGGGGUCAUUCCCAAAUAGCAGGAGCAGGCUGGUGUAUAAGCCGUAACUUGCAUCUGUGCCUAAAAAGAUUGCAGAUAAGUAGUAGAGCUGCCUAACCUAAGGAGGUUUCAGAUUUACUGUACAAAAAAAAAAAAGUUUUCAGUAAGAUAAAAAAAAUAAGUAUAAUGAUACUUAAUUUUAAGUACUGAUAGAGUGAUAUUUUCCCACAGAAAAUAAAUACAGCCCAUAUGUAUGUAUAUAACACGAGUUGACAGAUUUAUUUUUAUGCCACUCCAGUGGAGGAAAAAAACCUCUUGCCUUCCCAAAGUAGCAUCCUAUGGAAUGGGACAAAGAGGCUGUUCAAAAGAUCAGAAAUAUAGCAACCCUUUAGGAAACCUGACAAAGCAUCGUCCCUCCUCCUGUGUGUCUGGCUUCGGUUUCAUGUGAACUUUCUAGCCUUUUCAUUUCAAUAAAUGGUUUCGGACAUCAGCCCCUGA